AUGACCUCCAAGCUCGUUCCCCGACCCGCCACCCACAACAUCAGCAUCUACGGACCCUCCCAACCCCUGUCAGGGCGCGGUGUGCGCGGCGGCUCCUGGUCCCCUCCGUGGCCCUGCUCUGUGAGCCGCGACGCCUUCCCGUUUAACCCCUUCUGCCACACCAAGGCCACAGAACACUGGGACUAUGUCUUUGUGGCCAAACGUGACCAGAACCCCAAGCAGCGCCACCAGCAACAGCAGUUCCUGCAGGAGUUGGAGAAAAAGGGCUUCUGGUGCAAGGAGAUGACGGACCAGCAUAAGAGAUACUUUGGGAUCCGAGCCAAGAGUGAGGUCUUCCUACCGUACUGCAGACUUCUCCUGGAGCCUGAGGGUCCUGUGCCCAGGGCCCUGCCGGCUGAGAAGGAUCCCACCCUAGACACCACGCGUAUCCGAAUCAUCCACACCUUCAUCUGGAACAACAAGACGACAGAUGGGGAGACCUUCAAGGACUUGAAGAAGGACCAGGUCUUUGAGACGGGGUUUUUCCUGCACACACUGAGGGCUGGCAUCUGGGAGGGGCCUGGAGCGGGACCUGGAGACAGGAUGUACUCACCACUGACCAAGAGGGACAAAAAGCUGAUGACAUGGGCCCAGUGGAGAAACAUAUUCAACAAUCAGCCAAUUGAUGAUAUCAGGAACUACUUUGGUGAGAAGGUGGCGCUGUACUUCGCCUGGCUUGGCUGGUACACCUACAUGCUGGUGCCUGCUGCUUUGAUGGGCCUCAUUGUCUUCCUGAGUGGCCUCACCUGCUUCAACACCAGCCAGAUCAGCAAGGAGAUCUGUGAGGCCCAUGAUAUCUUCAUGUGUCCUCGUGGAGACCACCUCCACAUGAACCAACGACUUUCAGAUACCUGCACCUUUGCCAAGCUCACCCACCUCUUUGACAAUGAAGCCACGGUGUUCUUUGCCAUCUUCAUGGCGGUGUGGGCCACGGUGUUCCUGGAGGUCUGGAAGAGGCAGCGUGCCCGUGUGGUCCAGGACUGGCACCUGUAUGGCUGGGAUGAGGAUGAGGAGGAGAUGACGCAGGAGCUGAUUAACUGUCCCCAGUACCAGCCCAAGAGCCACGAACACUCCUACCUACGCAGCACCGUCAUCCUUGCCCUGUCUCUGCUCAUGAUCUGCUUCAUGAUCGGCGUGGCCCAUCUCCUGGUCAUCUACCGCCUCCUGGCCGCUGCCCUCUUUAGUCUCUGGGACUCACCCUUCCUGAAGGGGCAGGUGACCACAGCUGUGGUGGCAUCUGGGGCCCUUGUACACUAUGUGGCCAUUGUGGUCAUAACCAAGGUCAACAGGAGAGUGGCCCUGAAGCUUUGUGACUAUGAGAAGCCCAGGACCUUAUCAGAGCGAGAGAGCAAGUUCACAGUCAAGUUCUUCACGCUCCAGUUCUUUGCCCAUUUCUCCUCCCUCAUAUACAUCGCAUUCAUCCUGGGCAGGAUCAACGGUCACCCUGGGAAGUCCGUGCGACUUGCGGGUUUGUGGAAACUGGAGGAGUGCCACGCCAGCGGCUGUAUGAUGGACCUGUUCGUGCAGAUGGCCGUUAUUAUGGUUCUCAAACAAACGCUGAGCAACUUCGUGGAGUACCUGGGCCCGUGGCUGCACAACAAGUGGCGGUCGUGCAAGUACCGUCCAGCUUCCUCAGAGCCCGAGCUGAGGGACUGGCAGCGAAACUACCUCCUGAGCUCGGUCAAUGUCUUCAGCCUGUUCGAUGAGUACAUGGAGAUGAUGAUGCAGUAUGGCUUCACCACGAUCUUUGUGGCUGCUUUCCCGCUUGCCCCAUUGCUCGCGCUCGUCAGUAACCUCGUGGAGAUCCGCCUGGAUGCCAUCAAGAUGGUCCGGCUUCGGCGGCGCCUUGUACCACGCAAGGCCAAGGACAUUGGGACGUGGCUGCAGGUGCUGGAGACUAUUGGUGUGCUGGCGGUCAUUGCAAACGGGCUAGUCAUUGCCUUCACAUCUGAGUUCAUCCCCCGAGAGGUCUACAAGUACCGCUAUGGCCCAUGCAGUCGGGAAGCCCACCCUACAGUGGACUGCCUCACACACUACGUCAACCACAGCCUGUCCGUGUUCUAUAUCAAGGACUUCGAGGACCCCCUGCAGAAAGAGGGCUGGGAGAACGUGACCCACUGCAGGUACCGGGACUACCGCAAUGCUAAUGACUAUAACCUCUCAGAGCAGUUCUGGUUCCUCCUGGCCAUCCGUCUGGCCUUCCUCAUCCUCUUCGAGCAUGUGGCCUUGUGCAUCAAGUUCAUUGCUGCCUGGUUUGUGCCUGAUGUCCCUCGGAAAGUGAACAACGACAUUCUGAGAAGCAAGUUCGAGCGAGUGCAGGAGAAAAUGAUGUAUGAGAGGCAGAGGCUGCAGUGGGACAGGGCAAGGCCCCCUGCCGCCAGCUCCUGCCCCAGGAUGACCAGCGUGUAG